AUGCCACCAAGAAAAACUUAAACCAUCAAAGAAGUCUAGAAAGAGAGCUAAUCAAUUAUUGAUUAAAAAUUAGGAUCUACAAGAAGUAAAAAAGUAAAAAAAAAUGAAUCUGAAGAAGAUUCUGAUUUUAUUACUGCAUCAAGUAAAUCUAAAUAAAAGAACUCUAAUGCAUCAUCAAAAAUUAAGACAUCUGCUAAUAAAUAGAAAGAAUCUAUAAAUGAAUCCAAAGAUGAUCCUUAAGAUAAAUUAUCACCUGAACUAAAACCAUCCUCUUAACGUCAAAAAGCAAGAACUAAAGGUGAAAAAAUUUAAGAAAAGCAUAAGUAUGAUUAUUUAAGUUAAUUAUUAUAGUACAAAGACAGAAGAGGUAAAACUAAAAUAAUAGAAUGAAGAUGAAAAUAAAAAUGUGGAUAAUAACCAUUAAUAACAAGGUAAUAUAUAGGAAGAAAAUAAAGAUAAUAAUGAUUAUAAUAAAGAUAAUAAUAAUGAUUGUAAUAAAGAUAAUAAUAAUGAAAUUAAUUAAUAAUAAAUAAAUACUAAUAUAAAGAAUUAAAAUGAUGAUAAUUAAGAAAAUCUUAAGAAUAAUGAUUAAAAACACUCUAAUGAAUUAUAAGAAAGUAAACCGGUUUAAUAAGAUUAGAAUAAUAAUGCAGAAGUGAAUGAAAAUAAUAAUAAAGAAUAAUUAGAUAAAGAGAAUAAUUAAGAAUAGAAAUAAAUAUAAAUAGAUAAUAAUACAUUAUAAAACUAAAGAAAUAACAUUGAUUAAUCUGAAAACAAAGAAAGUCAUGAAUAAAAAGAUGAAAAACAUAGUCAAUAAUAAAAUGAAUCUGUUGUAAAAUCAAUUCCUUAAAUAAUUGUAAAUGAAAUCAAUAAUAAAACUGAUUAAUAAAAUAUAAGGUAAAAUGAAGAAGAAGAAAAAGAAUAAUUAGAUAAAUAAAUAAAAGUAGUACAAUCUAAUUAAGAAACAGAUGUAGACAUUGUAUUUUGUUGUGAUAUCAAUCUUUUAGAAGGUCGUAGUGUUGAUUAACUAAAGGUAAUAUUUUAAUUGAAUUUAGAAUACUAUAGAAUUUAUUAUUUAAUAGUUAAAAGAGAAAGAACACUUGAAUUCUAGCAUAAAAUUUAGUAUAGUUCGUUUUAAUGAUCUAAUUACAAAUUAAAAGUUAUAAUAAUGUUAGGUAAUUGAUUUGUGUGAUGAAACAGAAAUUUUAUAGAGUCUUGAAGAAAUAAAAUAGAUGGGAUAGAUAGAAAUAAAGAAGGGAUUAUAUUAUGGUCUAAAAUUAGCUACUUAAAAUACGAAAUGGAGAUAAUAAAGUAAUAAUAAAUCCUAUAGAUAUAUUAUUCAUAUUGCCAAUUAAUAAUUAGAAUUAGAUAAUCAAUCAGAUGAAUUAGAAUAAAUAAUAUAAGAAAUGAAUAAUAAAAAUAUUAGAUAUAAAUAUUUAAGAAUUGAUAAAAGGAUUGAUUUAGAUUUUGAUGGGAAAUAAUAUUUACAGAAUAAAUUGAACAGUUAUGAAGAAAGUUUUUUGAAAGAAUUUGGAUGUCUUAAGAAUGUUGUUAGUAGCAUUAUAUUAAGAGAGCUUAUACAUGAAAAUAAUAAAUGA